CAGCUUAGAAUUGUAUGUCGUGUGUAAAAGAUUCAUAUUUGUUUGAAAGGAUUGUUUGGUAGUUUUGGAAAGAAGAGUGAAUGGGAGAAGAAAAAUUGUUCCUUUCGUCUAAGGAAUAAGAAAUGACUUAAAUCUCUGAUUUUUCUGUUUUAAAAUUUAUACUCAUUGACAUCCGUCUCUGCAGAAAGAUACACAUUGUUUAUAGUAAUGUGGUUUUUAUACAUCCUUAGUUGGAUAGGAGUUCUUGUCCAACUGAGUUUUAUUGUCUUAUCCGUUGCUGCUGGACUGUAUUAUAUUGCAGAAUUAAUUGUAUAGUUGUUGUUUGAAGAAUACACAGCUAUUACUUGCCGAAUUAUCAGGAUUCUCAUCUUGAUCACAAUGGCCAUAUUUGGAGGACUGUCCAUUUUUGAAGACUUUCCAGCAUCAAUGAUAAUUUGUGGUAUUUUUAGUCAAGUUUUGCAUUUGUUGGUUCUAAGAACUUUUCCAUUUUUUGAUUUAACAUCUCUUCCUUUCAUUGGGUCUGUAGUGUUAAUUGUGAUCAACCACUAUUUAGCUUUCUGGCAUUUUUCAUCUGUCUUUUAUCCAUUUUCUGAGAUUCUUGCUUAUUUCACACUCUGUUUGUGGUUAGUGCCUUUUGCCUUUUUUGUUUCACUUUCUGCAAAUGAAAACAUAUUGCCGACUAUAGCAGAAACUAGACCUCUAAAUGCUGAUGAAAGUGAUGUUGUCACAAAUUACUUUUCUCGUCGCAGCAAGCGGUAUGGGCUUCUGUCAUUUUUCAAUUAUGCCAAAGAAAGCAUUCUGCCACAAAGAGUAAAAAAGUCUUUCUAGUCUCAAUUUGUUAAUACUCAACAGAAGAUGCUUUGUACAUAUUCUCAAAUAUGUAAUGCUCUCAAAGCAUUUUUGAAACAUGUAAAUAAUAUUUAAAUGUGAUGAAUAAUAAUGUACAUUUAUUUAAAAAUGA